AUGGCCGGCAAAUAUACCGCUAGGAUAACAGGCGUGCUGAGAUGGCUCGCCUCAGCGGUUUUGAAUAUUUCUAGGCCGGACCGUGCGCAAGCCCUUAUGGCUAGAUAUCAGGUUCUAGACGAUCAAAUGGCGGAUCUAUAUGCGGCGUACCGUGGCAUUCUAGAGUUAGGUUUAGAAGCGGAUGCCAUGGCGAAGAUUAAUGCUGACAUUGAUCAGGCCGACGACCUGGCUGAUCAAAUUAUUCAGGCUGUCGGUUCCCUUAAGGAGUCAAGCGCUGCUGACGCGCGCGUUACUGCGGAGUCGGAGGCGUCACCAGCGCUCAUGAGUAGAUUGCCGCUGCUCGAUUUGCCACAAUUUAACGGUGACUUGGAACAGUGGGUUGCUUUUAACAAUUUAUUUGAAAGCAUUGUUCACAGUCGUAGGGAUUUGACCCCUGCUCAGAAGCUUGCCUAUUUGUUGGCGUCGUCAACGGGAGAGGCCAAGGGCCUCGUCCAACAUUUAGGUCUUGUUGACGAUUUGAACUGCAAUACGGCGGGGACUCCGCCACUCAUCUUCCCAGCUUUGACAACCUAA